UCCAUACACACGAUUUUCAUUCCAAAACUCACUCUAUAAAUAAAGAGUUCCAACCCUUCUUUUUUAUUCACACCCACUACUUUCUAUUAUUCCUCUGUUAUUCGCAUUUCUCAAACUUCUCAUUAGCCAUGGCCGAUGAAGUGAUUCUUCUUGAUUUCUGGCCAAGUCCAUUUGGUAUGAGAAUCAGAAUAGCACUUGCUGAAAAGGGUAUCAAAUAUGAAUACAAAGAAGAAGAUUUGAGGAACAAAAGUCCUUUGUUGUUACAAAUGAAUCCUGUUCAUAAGAAAAUCCCUGUUCUCAUUCACAACGGUAAACCCAUUGCUGAAUCUCUGAUUGCUGUUCAGUAUAUUGAUCAAGUUUGGAAUGAUAAAUCUCCUCUGUUGCCUUCUGAUCCUUAUCAGAGAUCACAAGCUAGAUUCUGGGCUGAUUAUGUUGACAAAAAGAUAUAUGAAGUUGGAAGGAACCUUUGGACCAAAAAAGGAGAUGAACAAGAAGCUGCCAAGAAGGAAUUCAUAGAAGCCAUUAAAUUGUUGGAGCAAGAGUUAGGAGACAAGACUUAUUUUGGUGGAGACAAGCUUGGUUUUGUUGAUGUAGCACUCAUUCCAUUCUACACUUGGUUCAAAGGCUAUGAGACUUUUGGUAACAUCAAUGUAGAGAAGGAAAGCCCCAAGUUCAUUGCUUGGGCCAAGAGAUGUAUCCAGAUUGAGAGUGUUUCCAAAUCUCUUCCUGAUCAGGAUAAGGUCUAUGACUUCAUUGUAGAGAUCAGGAAGAAGAUUGGUGUUGAGUAGGUUUGAGAUGUAAGGUUAAAUGUUUCUUAAAUCAUAACCUUUCUGAUUGAAUAAUUGUGUAAUAAAAGGUACUUAAAUGUGCCAAACUUUGUGGUUUUUGUAGGGAAGGUUUUGAUGAACUUGUGAAAUAUUGUAAUAGGUCUUUGAUCUCUUUGUUGGUCUUUUAAUCGAGUUUUUUAUGCAUUGCUUGCUA